CUGACACCAGAGCCUGCAGAAUACGGAAGUUCCGCGUAAACCGUCUGUCCCUGACAGAGUAGUGCUCGGGCUGAGGUAAGAAUUGGGCAGAAUUCGGUGGUAAAUCCCACAAGUGUGCCGUUAUCCUCUCCUCUGCGGAGGAGACACGGACGCGUGAGACGAUGAGUCGAGGACAGAAGUCCAAGACACAGGAAAACAGCCCAAGUCCUCUGCUAAGCAAUGAAGAGAACGACUCCAUAAUCGAACUACUGGGGCGGAGAUGUGUGAGCUUGGCCACAGCUGUGGUCCAGUUACUGAUGGCUCUGCCUCACAGUCCCAACGAGUGGAAGGUCCAGCAUUGUGGAGUGUUGUGUUUUGUCAAGGACAAUCCACAGCGCUCCUAUUUUAUCCGUCUCUUUGAUGUCAAGCAAGGAAAGCAGGUUUGGGAACAGGAGCUGUAUAACCAGCUGUCAUAUAGCUGCCCUUUCCCCUACUUCCAUACAUUUGCUGCAGAUGACUGUCAGGUGGGGUUAAACUUUGCAAGUGAACAGGAAGGAGACAUAUUCAGAACAAUUGUGGAGGAGAAAAUAAAUCAGAGAACCAAUCGCCAAGAGAAGCGACAACAUCCUACAUCGUCCCCGGCUGAUGAUAGAAGGUUGCCUCCACCUCUUCCUCCACCGAAUGGAUCAAUGUCUAAUCUGGACGGAAUGGCGACGGUGGACAUCCAGAACCCAGACAUCCUGCCAUCGCGCUAUCGCCCUACAGCCGCCCCGACCCCAGCACCCGCCUGCAUCGUCAAGGGGAAAAAGGAGAAGAAGAACAAGAAGAAAGGCAGCAAAAUCUCCAAGGCUGAUAUUGGGGCCCCCAGUGAUUUUAAGCAUGUAACACACGUAGGAUGGGAUCCUAACGCAGGAUUUGAUACAAACAACCUAGAUCCUGACUUGAAGAAGCUCUUCAACUGUGCUGGCAUAAGUGAUGCCCAGUUGACAGAUGCAAAGACCUCAAAGAUCAUCUACGACUUCAUUGAGCAGUCGGGCGGCCUUGAGGCAGUAAAAAUGGAAAUGAGGAAACAAGAAUGUGCUCCACCCCCACCAGACAGAGCAGGGCCGACCCCCUCCCGAGGACGCACGGGACCCCUCCCCCCUAUUCCAGGUCCACCUCGGAGUUCUGCACCCCCACCAAACCGUGGUCCACUCCCUCCUCCUCCUCCCGCUGGAAGGAGUGGCCCGCCACCCCCACCUCCUCCUGCCCCACAGAGUCAGCGUGCUGCCGGGGCCCCACCCCCACCUCCUCCAGUGGCCGCCAUGCCAAUGGGAGGAGGAGGAGGAGCAGGAAUAGGAGGAGGUGGCGGCGGUCCCCCGCCUCCCCCUCCUCCGCCACCACCUCCCCCAGCUCCCAGUGUUGGAGCAGGUCCGCCUCCUCUUCCUCCUCCCUCAUGUGGAAGUCCACAAACACCGAGCCCGGCUCCAUCUGGAGAAGGUAGAGGGGCUCUGCUGGACCAGAUCAGGCGUGGCACAAAGCUUAAAAAUGUGACAGAGAAUCCUGAGCCUCCACCCCCUGUGGAAGAUUCCAGUGAAGGGAUUGUGGGAGCUCUGAUGAUGGUCAUUCAGAAGAGAAGCAAAGCCAUCCACUCCUCCGACGAAGGAGAAGAUGAGACGGUGGACGACGACGAUGAUGACGAAUGGGACGAUUGAUCAGUUUCAUAUUUAUUUUCCUGCUUUUGCUGUGUCCUUGACUCAGGGCAUCUCUUCCUAUGCUGGUCAGAAUCAGGGCCCUCCCCCCCCCCAUUUCUGGUGGUAGAGGUGGGGCCAUCGCAGUGAGAAACAUGGGCAGGACACCCCUCUGCCGGGAGGCUGGCAACAUGCCAGCACUACAGGCAAGGGAGCCACUAGAGAUUUUGGGCCCCAAGACAUUAUAUUGGGCCCCCAACCCAGACCAAUCCAAUUAUGUUCCAAUUUUUUUAGGGCUCUUGUCAGUCAGACGACCACACCCCCUUUACGCCACCCGACCACAGCUGGUGUUACAUUACAUGAGCGUUUAUACAGUGUGUAUGCAGAAUGGAAGUGCUCUGAAUUUUACAGAGAAUAAUCCUUCGGACUCUGUGAGCAACUCCAGCUGUCUGUGGCCUUUUACAUCCUGCAUCUGAAGCGUUUGCACAGCACUGAAAAAGACAACUUUGAUGUAUCUAGUAUCUAUACUUGCAUUCUUGUGUCUCUGUUUAAUUCAUUUCUAUGGAAUAAAACACAUUUUAUCCGAUUACUUAAAA